AUGUUUUCCUCGGCAGUUCUAGCUCCUCUGCUGCUGGCUGGCUUGCAGGCGGCUGCCGUGAGCGCUGUGCCUCACAUUGAGGCUGUCGGAUCGAAGUUCUUUUUUGAGAACGGAACCCAGUACUACAUCAAGGGCAUUGCCUAUCAGCUCACUCCCGACGACCCGUUGAUUGACGAGGCCCAAUGCAAGCGUGAUAUCGUUCGUAUGUCCGAGCUGGGCGCCAACGCCAUCCGCGUAUACCACGUCGACCCCACGGCGAACCACAAGGCUUGCAUGUCCGCCUUCGCUGAUGCGGGCAUUUAUCUAUUCGUCGAUCUGGACACCUUCACCACCCAGAUCGAACAGACCAACCCCCACUGGAAUCAGACUCAGUUCGACCGUUUCAAGGAGGUUCUCGAUGAGUUCCAGCAGUUUGACAACACUGCCGGUGUCUUCGUCGGUAACGAGGUUCUGACUACCGCAGAAGGAUCCCAUGCCGCUCCCUUCGUCUUGGCUGCUGCCCGCGACAUCAAGGCCUACCGUGACCAGAAGGGCUACCGUGAGAUCCCCGUCGGUUACUCGGCGGCUGACAUUCCUGCUUUGCGACCCAUGCUCCAGAACUACCUGGCUUGCUCCGACAAGGCUGCAGACCGUCUGGACUUCUAUUCGCUGAACGCCUAUGAAUGGUGUGGUGAUUCCAGCUACACAACUUCCGGAUACGACCAGCUGCAGAAGAAUGCCACCGGCUACAACAUCCCCAUCUUCUUCUCGGAGACUGGCUGCAAUCAGCCUACGCCUCGCAGCUUUGACGACCAAGCUGCUAUCUUUGGCACCGAGAUGGAAGACACCUGGUCAGGCUCUAUCAUCUACGAGUGGAUUGAAGAGACCAAUGACUAUGGUCUGAUCAGCUACGGCCCGUCUGUUGCUGGCCCUGCAACCAACACGAUUGUGGAGGAGGGUUAUACUCGCCAAGGUACCCCAUCUCCCGUGCAGCCGGAUUUCAACAACCUUAAGUCCCAGUGGGCGAAGGCGAGCCCGACCGGUAUCGCUCUGUCGGAGUACCGCAAGUCCACUGCCAGUAUCAAGGCAGUCGAGUGCCCUGCCUCUACCUCUGGUGGCUGGGCUGUUGACCCCAAGGCACCGCUGCCGACCAUUGGAGAGGCAUACAACGGUCAAACUGCCACCGAGACUGGAAGCUCUGGAAGCUCAGGUUCCAGUGGCAGCCAGACUGCCACCCGCUCCAGCGCUACGACCACCGAGAACGGCGCCAGUCCCAUGAUCGGUGUCACCAACCCUGCCACUGAGCGUUUGCUGGCCGCUUCUCUGGCUCUGUCCAGCAUAUUUGGAGUUAUUGCUUUGUGGCUUUGA